AUGUCGUUUGAAUCCGUGAUUGCGGAGGCGACCAAGAGCCUCUUGGUUCCCACCAAUACCGGAUCAAGCGUUUCUAAGAGUGCAACUCCGCUUCCUACUGUCAUUCCAGAUAUGCCGGAAUAUCAGACUGCGACGAGGGCAGGCGGGAUUGCUCUUUGGAUCGGCUUUGCUAUAAUGCUCAUUUCCUCGGCCGUAUUCGCCGGACUGUCAUGGAAAGUGCCUAUUUCCAAACGUGUCUUCCAUGUCGUCACUACUUUGGUCACCAUCAUCGCCACGCUUUCGUACUUCGCCAUGGCCCUCGGCCAAGGCAAGACAUUGCACAGGACCGUGGUCGUCCACGAACACAAACACGGCAUCCCGCCGGUUUACCACACCAUCUACCGCGAGCUCUACUACGCACGCUACAUCGACUGGUUCCUCACUUUGCCACUCCUGCUCCUCGACCUGACCCUUCUCGCCGGGGUGAGCGGCGGUCACAUCCUCAUGACCGUCCUCGCCAGCAUGAUCAUGGCCCUGAGCGGCCUUUUCUCUGCGCUUGGGGCGGAAGGAACCGGACAGAAAUGGGGUUGGUACGCCGUCGCAUGCAUCGCGUACCUGGUCGUCAUCUGGCAUUUGGCGAUCCAUGGCCGCGCCGCCGCGUACGCGAGAAACAGCAAGGUCGGCAACUUCUUCGUUGCCAUUGCUGGAUACACGAUAAUCGUUUGGACGGCGUAUCCUGUUGUAUGGGGAGUCGCGAAUGGCUCCCGACAUACCAGCGCCGUCAACGGGGAAAUCAUCGCCUAUGUGGUGCUUGAUAUCCUGACCAAGCCUGUGUUCGGUCUCUGGCUGCUGUGGACGUACACCCGUGUGGCAGAGACGAACGUCGACAUUGGUGGUUUCUGGACGAAUGGACUGUCGGGUGAGGGGAGGAUCCGACUCGACGACGACGCAGCGUAG